AUGUCAGACUACUCAUCCCAAACAGUUGUUCAAUUAAAAGAAUUGCUAACUUCAAGAAGUUUGCCAACAGAUGGUAAAAAGGCUGAUUUGGUUCAACGUUUAGUUGACAACGAUGCGCAAUCUAGUGGAGCACAACCGGAAGAAACACAACAAACUGAAAGUACUGCUACUUCUGUAGAAGAGCCAGUAGCUGAAAAAGAAUCAGAAUCUAACAAUGAUUCAGAAGCAACUUUGAAGGUAAUUCAACCAACAGAAAAAAGUGAAGAAGCUACGAAUGAGGAGGAAGCCAAGCAAAAACCUCCAGUUUUGACACCAGAAGAAAGAAAACAAUUAGCCGUUCAAUUGAUAAACAAAAAGAUUCAAAGAGCAGAAAAGUUUGGUGAUGAAACUGCAGCAGAGGCCGCUAGAAAAGAUUUAGCUAGAGUUGAAAAAUUCGGAGUAGAAUUAGGUACUGCAUUGGCCAGAGAGAUCGGUCUUGUUGACAAAAGCUUACCAAAUGGCCAUAAGAAGCAUUUCAAGAAAAACUAUAAGGACAAGAAAAACUUUAAGCCCAACUUCAAAAAUAGACGUAGAAACUAA